AUGGAGGUAUUAAACCUUGGAAACAAUCAAAUAAUUGACAUCUUCCCUUCAUGGGUAGAAGCUUUGUCGAAGCUGCGCAUUUUUAUCUUGAAAUCCAACAAAUUUUAUGGUCCCAUUACACUUUCACAGAUAAAUCAGAGCUUCUCAAUGUUGCAGAUCAUGGAUCUCUCUUCUAAUAGUUUUACGGGUGGUUUGCCAUCUAAUAUGUUUCAAAGCUGGAAUGCAAUGACGCGGGAGGACAAAUCUCAAUCUACGUUUCUUGGUAGAAUCCUAAAUGCACCACGGAGUACUCUAUACUACCAAGACACAGUGAUAGUAAUGAUCAAAGGAAAAGAAAGGGAACUGACAAAGAUCCUAGCCAUCUUCACAUCAAUUGAUCUCUCAAACAAUCAUUUUCAAGGGGAUAUUCCAGAAUCUAUUGGGAUUGUCAAAUCACUCCAUCUGCUCAAUAUGUCAAACAAUGGUUUCACAGGUCAAAUUCCAACAUCACUUGAGAAUUUAAUGGUGCUCGAGUCUUUGGAUCUUUCACAGAACAAUAUCUCAGGAGAGAUUCUUUGGCAGCUGACGAAGCUAACAUUUCUCUCGGUGCUGAAUCUUUCACAAAAUAAUCUCAUGGGAAGCAUGCCACAAAUUAAGCAAUUUCUUACAUUCAUGAACGAAUCGUUUCUAGGAAACAUGGGAUUAUGUGGACCUCCAUUAUCGAGAAAAUGUAUUGCACCACCGUCAGAUUUGCUGAGCUUUGAAGAUGCGACUUCUGAAUUGGACUGGGAAUUCAUGUGGAUAGGAUUUGGAGUCGGAUGCGGAGCAGGAAUGGGAGUUCUUUUCUGGACUCUAACACUCUGGACAAAGGGAAGGAGAGAAUUCUAUAAAUUUGUAGAUGGUAUGCUGUUAGUAAAUUUUCCCUCCACAAUGUUUGCUCUAAAGAGCCGAUCAUAA